AUGCCAUCCAAUCGAUGUGUAACCUGUGGAAUCCCAGUCAAAUACCUGUUCACCGAAUACGGUCAAGACAAUUUCGUUCUGGAAAUUUGCUCGAAUUGUAAAAAAUUUACUGAUCCAUACAUCGAGCAGUCUUCAAUAAUCUUGAUCUUGGAUCUAUUUCUGUUGAAACCUCAAGUGUACUACCACCUAUUAUUCAACACCAAUCAUUCGUAUCAGUCAUUCAAUUCUCAGCUUCCCUCACCACCGGUACCACCUGCUACUUCGAUUCAAGAUGACGCCAAUCCAUCAAGAUCUGAACCAGCUGGCCAUGGUAAUCUUAAAGUUUUUAAUCGAGUCCAUUUGAAAUUAUCUUUCCUGAUUUAUGGGUUGAUUCUAAUCUUGGAAUCAAGUUUUCAAGCACUGGACGAUUUGUAUCCCGGUGAUUUAUUUCUCAAUUCGAACCCGAUCAAGCGGAUAUUACUAAAACUCCUCGGUCUGCUAUUCCACAUCUUCAACUUGAUAUUUACUGCCGCAAUAAUCUCGAGAUUCGUCAAUUGUGGAGGAAGAUACCACUGCCAAGAUCCAAACAAACAGGACAUCCUCAAUUCCAUACGAGCAAUUAUCAUCUCGUUUUCACCCGGAAUAGUAUUAUAUGUUACGAUCAUGAUCUUCCAAAACUCCUACGGAACUCGCCCUCCUCCCCAGCUAUUUUCCCCAGCCCAGAACAUCUAUUCAUCCAAGCUUGUUCACGCAGUCAGAACUCAUUUGGGAUACGAUAUUUCGGGGAUGUUUGAUGAAAUCGCCGGCAUCGAUAUGGAUCAACUUGGAUCAACCAAACUAAAACAGUACUUGAUUCGAAACUUUCUGGGCAGUCUCAGCUGUUCUGUUGGAAUCGCUGUUUCUUACGGACAAUCUUGGACUUUCGGAUUCGUCGUCUUAUGCUGCUGUUCGAUUCAGGAAAGGCUUCUUACAUCCUUAUUCCACCCUCUUGAUUUCUUGGCUCAUUUGUAA